AUGAAGGAAGGUAACGAUGUGUUGGAUAGAGAUGUAUUGAAGCUGUUAAGGGAAAUCUUGAAUAAACACAAUAACCUCGUCCAUGUUUUUCAUCAAGGUUCAGAACGAGAAAAUCUUUUGGAUUGCCAGUUGAUUAUUAAAGAGCAACCUAAAGGUCAAUUGCAGUACACUCUUCCAAGUGCUUCCCAGGUUGCAGCUAUUGUGCCAAUAGGUGAUAAAAAUUACCAACAUACUGAACGUGAAAUAAUAGUGCAGACAACGAGUGCGAAUCUCUUUCAGGUCUUUGAGACUGGUGGUAAUUACGAUCUUAUGCAAUAUCCUCUUUUACUUCCUUAUGGAAGCUACGAGUGGGACAUAAAUAGCAAAGAUAAAUAUGGAAGAAAGAUGCCAUGCCGUGGAUACUAUUCGUACAUUGUGCAGCGAUACCAAGAUGCGAUGGCAUUAGUACAAAAAUAUGGGAAGCCUGAUAUAUUUCUUACAAUGAUUUGCAAUCCACUCUGUCCCGAGAUUGUAGCUAAAUUACGUCCCGGUCAAUCUGCAUCAGAUAGACCUGAUUUAACAACUAGAGUAUUCCGUGCUAAAUUUGAAAAGUUGAAAGAAGAUAUAUAUAACAAGAAUGUACUAGGAAGAGUAGUUGCUCAUGUUCACGUGAUUGAGUUUCAAAAAAGAGGUCUAUCUCAUGUCCAUAUGUUGAUCAUAUUGGAAAAAGAAGACAAGUUACAAGGUCCUGAUGAUUAUGAUAGUAUAGUUAGAGCAGAAAUCCCGGAUAAGAAGAAAGAGCCCGAGUUGUAUAAGUGUGUGAAAAAAAGGAUGAUUCAUGGUCUGUGUGGCAGAAAGUGCAUGAUGGAAGGAAAGUACAAGAGAGGGUUUCCGAAACAAUUUUGUAAAUGUACCGUGCAAGGCAAAGAUGCUUACCCAGUCUACCAGAGGAGAGAUUAUGGAAAUACUAUACAAAUGACUAAGACCUUCAUAGCGGACAAUAGAUUUGUGGUUCCUUACAAUCCUUGGCUUCUUCAAAAAUACGAUUUCCAUAUGAAUGUAGAAGUUUGUUCCACUGUCCAAAGUGUUAAGUAUCUUUACAAGUACAUCUACAAAGGCCCAGAUUGUAUUUCCUUUCGAGUGCAACUAGUACAUCCAGAAUCCGAGAAUAACGAGGUAACACGUUAUAUCAAUGCAAGAUGGGUGUGUGCUCAACAGGAAAUAUGGAGGAUAUACAGGUUUGCGAUGAAUAAGAUGUGUCCAUCAGUUCAACGAUUGCACUUGCAUCUUCCCAAACAAAAUAGUGUCAUGUUAUAUGAGAAUCAAACAAUCGAUGAGGUCUUGGAAAAUGAAAAUAAUUCCAAAAAAAUGUUGACUGAGUAUUUUGUUACAAAUGCAUGUGAUCCUAUGGCUAGGCGAUGGUUGUAUCGGGAGUUUCCUGAAUACUACAAAUGGGAUAAAGCAAUUAUGAAAUGGCAGAGAAGAAGAACAAAUCAUGUGGUGAUUGGUAGGGGUGCUACUUCAUACGAAGAUUUGUUGACACUUGAUGGCAGAAGAUGUCAUACAUCUAAAAGUGCAGCCGAGGCACGAGGAUUUUUAGAGAAUGACAACAGUUUGAGGGCAUGUUCUGAUUUGAUCGAAGAGGAGGUAUCCAUUCCGGUUUCUGAUGAAGAUAUGAUGAAUGUGGACAAGUUGAAUGAAGAUCAGUCCAGGGAUUAUGAUGCAAUUAUGGGUGCCGUCCGAAGAAAAGAAAGCAGAGUCUUCUUUGUUGAUGGUCCAGGAGGUACCAGGAAGACUUUUCUCUAUCGUGUUAUUUUGUCGACCGUUAGAAGAAAUUGUGGCAUUUCCAUAGCAACAGCUACGUCUGGAGUAGCAACUAUUAUGUUACCUGGUGGAAGAACUGCACACUCAAGAUUCAAGAUUCCAUUUACCCCAACAACAACAUCUACAUGCGACAUUGCUAAAAAUGACAAGUUGGCUGAUCUUCUCCGUUAA